AUGUGGUCCGCGAGUGUGACCUCGUUCAUCUGGGCCACGUCCUCCGGUAAUUUGUUCGGCUUGCUCACCUUGGCGAUCUCUUCGAGUAAUCCCAUCGAUCAAGAGAAUGAGAUACUUGUUUUGGAUGCGAAUGGAUUGGCCUGUUAUUUGGGGUAUAGCCAUUGUAACAGGCCUGCUAUUAUGGCUCGGGCAGGUGAUGUCCGACCAGCUGUAUUCUAUGCGGCUGACCCGGAGUAUCAUCAUGUCAGAGGUGGCGGUCCAUACAGAAUUGACCCGAAAUCCAUAAAAUGCCAGCAAAUCAAGCAGAUGGUGAUCGAAGAACAACCUGCUGCCCCCCGGCCUUAUGAUGAGGCCGAUCACAUUCUCCCGCAUCUGCCGCUUCUUUUGUUGCGUGUUGCUGGGCCGCGAUUUGGUCGUCUCACCCUGUAUGGGUGCGUCUCAGUUAUCGCCCACGGAGUCGGAGGACCGCCGCCAUCAAAGGCCGGGCGUCAUGAUGGCGCACCGGCCCUAUGGCUCAACAGGUCACACAGCCAGGUCGGGGAGAGCCAAAAAGCUGGUCAAUGCCGGGCUCGAACCCGACAUUAUCUCACACCGCCGAAACCCAAGGGAGCCCACGCCAAACUCAUGGGAUAG